AUGGCUUCCAACGCGAGCAUGUUGGCCAUGAUCAUGGCGUGCGCGCUCCUUCUCACCGGCAGCACGUGCGACGCUGCUCGCAACCUGGCCGACACGACCCCGGCGGCUGCCGCUCCGGCUGCUAGUGCCGUCCCUGGACUGCCGGCCAUGCCGACCUUGCCCGCGGACACGCUCACCCUGAUGCCACCCAUGCCGUCGGUCACCCUCCCCACCGUGCCGCAGGUGACCCUGCCGCCCAUGCCGGCCAUCGUCGUGCCCAAGGCGGUGCUACCACCGAUGCCCAAGGUCACCCUCCCCACAGUGAUGAUGGCGCCGAUGCCCGCGAUUGUCGUGCCCAAGGUGACGCUGCCGCCCUUGCCAUUCGUCCCGAAUGUGAACGUGCCUAUGCCGUUUGCGGCGCCACCCCCGUCGGCGUAG